AUGGCCUGCGCUGAGGUCCCCCAGCAGCCAGCCCCACAGCAGUCCCAGCCCGUCUCCGCAGAAGCCACCACCGCCGACGCCGCGGACCCUGCUGGGGGUCAUUGUGGCUCCUGGGACAGCGACCUGGAGUGCCUUGUGUGCCGGGAGCCCUACAGCUAUGCCCGGCCACCCAAGCUACUGGGCUGCCAGCACUCCUUCUGUGUCGUCUGCCUGAAGCUCCUGCUGUGCGUGCAGGACGACACCUGGUCCAUCGUGUGCCCUCUCUGCCGCAAGGCCACCACUGUCCCCGGGGGCCUCAUCUGCAGCCUGCGUGACCAGGAGGCCGUGGUGGGGCGGCUGGUCCGGCCGUGCCCGGAGGUGCAGCUCUGUCCUCAGGGGCUGGUGGAUCCUGCCACCUUGGCAGCAGAGUACCCCAGCUUGGCGGGAGAGGAUGGACAGGACGUGGCAAAUGCCAACCGUGCGGCAGCCCGGCGCCUGGCGGUACAGCUGCUCCUACUGGUCUUGCUCAUCAUCCUCAUCCUGCCCUUCAUCUACCCCGGCAUCAUCAAGUGGAUGCUCAUCUUCAUCAUCGUCCUGGCCCUGCUGACGUUCACCCUCUUCUGCUGUCACCCCCGCAGCCAGGACAGCUCCUGGCCCUCCCCCAGGACUCUCUUCUGCAGAGGGCAGAAACAUAGUGAGAUCUCAUCCAUUGCCUGA